AUGUUGACGGGCUGGCUGCAGCCUCCUGCAAAUGCCCCAGCUCCGAUCAAGAAGGAACGCGAGCACGAAGACCUCGAGGAGGGAGAGGAUCAGACUAUGGAGGAGGAGGAUGGUGCCUAUGAUGAUGAAGUCGACGACGAGGAGCUUCUGGCUAAGAAGAAGAAGCUCGACUUGCUCAUUGAGUACCUUCGGAGGGUCUACAACUUCUGUUUCUUCUGUGUUUUCGAGAGUGACUCAGUCCACGAGCUUAUUCGCAAGUGUGCUGGAGGUCAUCUUCGUCGCCCCCGUGCCAGCUUGACCACGGCUGCAAAGGCUACCGCUAGAGCCACUGCUUUGGGUGAACCGUUCCCAUAUAGAAAGCAAGAAUCUUCUGGCGACGGGGAGAAUGACGAGGGAAGCCCUGUGCAAGAGAGGAAACCCCUUGUCAAGCUGAGUACUAAAAACCAACAGCAAUUGCAGAGAGCCUUCAACUGGGUCAAGACAUAUGAGGAGAAGCUACUGCAACUAUUAGAACCGGAAAAUGUUGACAUCAGAAAGCUAGGCGGGAAGCCUCUGGAGGAAGCUAUCGAGGACGAGAUGUCGAAAUACGUGAAGCAGGAAGAUGAGUCGAAAUGGCGUUGCAAGGUUCCAGAGUGUACCAAGCUGUUCAAGGGGCAACAUUUCUGGCGUAAGCACGUCGAAAAACGUCACCCAGAGUGGCUUGAGAAGUUGGAGAAGGACCUUCGACUUGUCAACAGCUAUGUUGUCGAUCCGGCACACAUUGCUCCCUCUCGCAGCGACGCAAAUAGCAAUGGGCACUUCCCCAUGGGCAACCACGUCCAAGCCACUGGCACUCCACGAGGCUUCAAUCUAGCCAACAUGGGCAUGGGCCCCAAUAGCGGAAUGCAAAACGGCAUGAGUCUCGGUGCUCUCUUCAACCCCGCCAUGGGUGGCAAUUGGGAUCCGAAUGCUGUGCACGACGAUCGUUCCGGCCCGAUGCGACGUGGUGGACAUCGGUUCAAUAGCCGCGCAGGACCGUACGACAGGCAGCCUCGUGAUGGACGCCCUCGUCCUGCCGGCAUCAAUGGACGGCUGACACCUCCCCGUGGCGGCAACAGGCAGGGUCCUCAGCGGUACGGUGAAGGCGGUCCUGGCCCCGUGCAAUCCGUGCAAGGUCGAUCGAUCAAGAGCUAUGAAGACCUCGAUGCAGUGGGUGCAGGUGGCAGUGGUGAACUCAACUAUUAA